AUGGGCCAGAAAAUUAGCAGCACAACUUCUAACAAUAAGAAGAACUCAAGUUUCCUCUCCUUCCUAAAACUUUUCUCGUCCCAAGAACCCUCCUUGGUCAGCAGCACGUCGCCAAGGACAGGCAUCUUCGCCAAGCUGACAACGCCAUCUGCAAUCGACCCCAAUGAUUUCACACGUCUUAUUAGCAACUGCAUCUCUUUUGCAUCAACCAGAACCCAGGAGUACCUUCUCUUCAAAGAUCCAGAGGGAAAGUUACAGCCGAGUCCUCUGGCAUUAACUCAGCAGGUCUUUCUGAUGACUUACAUCACUCAAAGCGUUAACCUGGACUUCACCGACACCUUCAACUGCACAGCCAUGACACCCGAGCAGCGCAUUCUCCUGGGAGCUGACUGGGUUUGGGCCAUCCUGGAGAAACCCACCAAGAACCCUAAAAUACAGAUCGCAGUGCAGGUCCUUCACCUGCCUGAAAGAGAGGAAGCUGAAGAAAGAGCAACCACCAGAAAACCCGUCAGCGAGUCCAUCCAGAUUGCCAGGAUGGAGUCCAGGAACAAGAACGUGUACGAGCGCAUGGUGGAGUUUUGCACUUCCAUUGGCAUGGACUGCUACGCCCUCUUCUUGUUCUUUGGGAAAAAGGACGACAGGGAAAAUAUCUACGGUGUCCUGAGCAACAACUUUGCGGCAGCUGUUGGAAAAUGUGACAAAAUAGACAGAGCUCUACUUGAGAACUUCUUUACAGCUUCGAGGUAUUUCCAUACACCCUUAGGAAUGAUCCAGGCCAUUUUCACAAAGAAAACAGAUGAAGCGCUCACACUAAUGAUUAAAUUUAGCUGAAGAUUUGAGGUACUAACAUAUACUGCUAUGACUAAUGUAGGAAGUUUGUCGGCCAAUAAAAGUAGAUGGCCACUGAGAAGGUUCAUGUCAUAGGUUAAAUAUACACUAUAAAAUAGAUAAUUUGUGAUGGAAUCGUGAGGUAAAAUGCUGCAUUAGAUCACAUCCAUAGCUGUUGGCUGCAAACGAGUAGAAGUGGGUUUUAAAAUUGGUCAAGAAGAAGUGAGCAUGUUAUUUACUAGUUAAAUGGAUAAAAUACAUGUAAAUCAACAGCUAACACCUUGUAAUCCUAAUAACAGCUGACUUAGUCUAAAACAAAGACACUGCAAAUUACGCCAUAUUGGUUUUCCUGAUUCAGUUUGGAAAUGCACUCUAUGGUGCAUUCCAUUAAUUCUCAAAUUCAGGGAAACACGCAAGAGCGACAAAUUGAUUUCCAACUUCAAAUUUUUCUGGGUCCUUCCCGACCAUGACAUCAGAUAUGGCUGCUAUGAGUAUAAAGUCAUAAUAGCUACAGUAAUAAACUAUUUAUUUGAACUUCUGUUCUACGAUUUAGGCCAUAUUGGACUGUAGAUGAAUCUGAAUGUGACUGGAUUAUUCUGGAAUACAUUGGAUGGAUUUAUAUUGAAUUUAAACCUACAUAACUUUAUAUAAACUUGACCUCGUCUUGUAAAGUUUCUUGAGAUGACAUUUGUUGUAAUUCAGAGCUAAAUAAAAAUAAACUAAACUAAAUCCCAUGUGUGAAUUAAAACCCCUCAGUCAAUGGGGUAUAGGACAAACAUGAUGCUAAUUCUCAGUUAACUCAGUAAAUAUUUUAUGAGUCCAUGGAUUUACAAAUAUUCAGCGUAUAAAGCGGUUUAGAGUGGAGGAAAUGAUAACAAAAGGAGGUUAUGACUGCCAAACUGACACGAAUUUGAGUUUUUAUAGUCUCUACUCAUUUACAGUUUAGGCUCAAAAUAAAAACAUAACAAAAUAUCUGAUGUUGGCUGCAUAAACUAGCAGAAAACUCAAACUUAUCAUUGUGCACAACACAUUGUGCUCUUUAGUUUUAUUACGACUAUCUAGUUUACCCAUUACAAAUGAAGGUACUCCUUACAUUUGUCCCGAAAUUGUUCUAGUAAAACAUAACUCUUUUCAAAUAUGUAAAAAGUCUGUUUUUGUUAAUAUAUUUAAAAUAAAAAGCAACUGAAAACCAUAUGCAGUCAAGAAUGCCCUACUGCAGUAUGGAAAGACAGGUUACAGGAAGCGGCUUCGUAACUUUAAUACGUUUACCAGCUGCAGAUAAAAUUACAGUCUGUCUCACAAGACGCUUUUAUAAGAGAUGAUUUAACAUGGCUUUUGGUUUUAUUUUAAGUUACAAUUUGUCCUUAGUCUUGCAAUAUAUGAUUUGCUGAUAAGUUGGUCACAAAGUGUUUCUUCAGAAAAAGAUUUCUGUCACUUGUAGCAUUUAUUCAUCAGUAGCUUGACGGGAAGAAGGGCAGAGAGAUAUGGGAGGACGUCGAACCUGGCAUAGCGUGUCCAGGACCGUCGCCUCUUUAUACGGUGGACUGACUCUUCCACUGAACUACCUGGUGUUACACAAAAUAUAUUCUGUUUAGUUUCCAUGUUUUAUUGCGCUACUGUGUGACCAACAGCAACAAUGUUCUCAGUUUACAUGGGAUACUUCAGGAGUACAUUGACGCACCUACGACCAUAACAGGCUUUGUAAAGUGGAAUACAUUAAGGCAAUUGCAUUGGUUGUCCAGGAAAUGUGUAUUAUUUCAACAAUGCAUAGUAAGACCGCAGCAUAACACUGCAGCACAAGCCCAAUUAAUGUACAAUGACUGCUUUUGUAUGCACAAGUGCUAAAUAAAGUUUAAUCCUAAUAUGAAAGAGGCUCUUGUUUUAAAUAGUUUAGACUGCAACAGGUCCAGCUGAAGGCUGCACUAGCAGUUUGUGUGAAUGUGAAGCAUAUUUGAUGUUAUAGAGCCAACAUAUUAGGAGGAAAUGAAACACAAGGAAGUGAUUCCACGAAAAGGUGGAAGAAAAUAUUUAAUUAUAAAGCCUUUUAGU